UACAGGUGAACAUUGCCAUUCGUGCGUUUAAAAUACACUUCACGCAAAAUAUCCCUUUAAUUUUACUUGUAAUACCCCAAUGAAUGAAUCAGAGAAUUGAGAUUUUCACUUUGGAUUCCUCUAUCAAGACUGUCUAUGAAAGAAAGUGUCCACACCAUCAACCAAAGACCGAGUCGAGUUCAGAUGUACUACGUAAUAUGAGCAAAUCACAGAUCCAUAACUGAUAAAUGAUGGAUGGUCAUAGUACUUAUUAUACACAACCAAUGUUUACUACGGACAAUUAUGGACCGCCUGGAACGUAUCCUGUAAAUCAGUCCUCAACUUGUGCCUACCAGAGACAUAACCUUCAGGGACCUUACGGCGGACAGACAAUGACUGUAGUGGAUGAAGCUUUUCAUAACGAAUCUCAAAAUGGCAUAACACAUCAAAUACCAUUAGUUGGAAUGCAAAACAUGCCACAGAGACAUUCACAAGUGGCAAACACAACACCAGCUCACAUGCAAAAUGCACAUCAACUGAACAGUUCGUCAUUACAAGUGUCUAAGCCGCCUCCGGCACAUUCUCAAAAUGUUUCCACUACGGCUCCAACAGGUGCGAGCCAGACAGGAAGUAAUAAUACGGAUAAUUUACAGUUUCCAUGGAUGAAGACGACAAAGUCUCAUGCUCAUCAGUGGAAAGCACAGUGGCCAGGUGCACAGUUCUCAAUUGAGGAUGAAAACAAACGAACACGAACAGCUUACACCAGAGGACAGUUAUUAGAACUUGAGAAGGAAUUUCAUUUUAACAAAUAUAUUUCAAGACCUAGAAGAAUAGAACUUGCCGCCAUGUUAAAUCUAACUGAGCGACACAUAAAAAUUUGGUUUCAAAAUCGACGAAUGAAAUGGAAGAAAGAUGAAGCAAAACGAAGACCACGACCAUUGUCUUCAUCGGAAUCAAAGAAAAAUAGCCCCGAAUCUCCAGACUCUCCGUCUUUAACUGAGUUAUCUCCCAUAUCAAACUGUAGUAAGAUUUCAUCUCCGUCGCGAAGUGACGUGGAAAGUCCAAAAACAUUGAAACGAGAAUCGUUAACGGAACUGAAAAAAUCAUCUGUGAAACAGGAUUCAACAUAAAAUCAACUGCUAGAUAUUAGUGUCAUAAAUUAUAUUCAUAUUGUAGAAGGUUAACAACACACCAAGUAAUUCAUUCAGUGGAUUUUUCAUUUUUUGUUCGUUUUUUUUCAUUAUGAUUUAAUAAGACUGCAUUUUC